AUGUCCUAUUAUGUCUAUUCUUCUAACCUUUAUUUUCUGUUCUGUGCUACUAGGUUAAAAAGACCUAGAAAGAGGACUGGAGUUGAGUCUGACGAGAUCGAAGAGCCUGCAGCUGUUCCCACCAAAACUUCUGGAGAGCAGGAGAAAGAGCAUGAAGAAGAGAAGGAGAUCCUUGCUGAGGCAAAACAUUCUGCUGCUGCCCCAGAGCAUGAGGUAAAGGCAGAACACUUUGUUGCAGUUCCUGUUCCUAAAGUAACUUCUAGUAGCAGAGAACAAGACUAUUGGGAUCCUAACUGUGGUAACCAGUCCUUUCAAGCCUCCCAUUGUGGCUGUUCAUCUACCACGGCUUCCUUUGCUGAUCUAGAAUUGGCAGAGUUUGAAGCUAUGGACUUGGAUGCCCAGUUGGACAAACUGGAGAAGCUUAGCUCCACUCGUGCCAAGGAAAAAUCCAAGGUAGUGGAUGAGGCAGUGGAUAGGGUAAAGAUAUGGCAAUCCACUGAACUAGAUUUGGAUGAAAACCAAGAAGCUGUUGACCAACUGAUGAAAGUCCAGGACUUGCUGCAUAGAGAGAACAUGGCUCCUAGACCCAUUCUUGAAAUCAGCUUGGGCUUGGCCAGAGACGUGCUCAAUCUCCACAACCGCUAUGAAGAUCUUAAGCCCUCCUUUAAAGCUUCCGAGUUCUGCAAGGCCACUCGUGAUGCUAAUUUGGUUGACUACCAGAAACAGAUAGCAGAAUUGGACCAGAUGGUUGCAGGUUACAAGGAAGCCAAGACUGCUGCUGACAAGCUGGAGAACUAG